AUGUGCUAUACCCGAUCACACGCUAUUUCUGAGACUUGUUUGAACCUUGGCGCGAGCUGAGUAAACAGAUUCAAAUAUAGGAAACGGAUUAGAGAUUAAAACACUAUCAUAACUAUCAGGUUUUAUGUCCAGGAACUGUUGUAACAAACAAAAAUGAGUCACUGUGAGCUGGAAGAGGUGACGAAACACAUCAAUGACAAGAUUUCACUUGUCAAAAGGCUCUUAGAGUUGCGAGCAGUAGCAAAAGAUCCAGAUAAACGAGCAUAUCUGGUUAAAAUUGAGCAGGAUGUCAAUGCCAUAAAUGGGCUUCUCGACCGUUUUGAGAGCUACGUCAAUCAGCAGAAGGACCUACUGAAGCAUCUGCAGGACCUGGAUCUGUUCUUCCAAGAAGAUGAGCAGAACGCACAGCACCUAUUAAAGAACAUCCCUCCACACAUGCCUCGCAAAGGAGGGCAGCCAACAGCUCAAGGAGGAUCGACGGCAGCUCCCAACAAGCAGGGAGAAGUGAAUUCGGCCCCCCAGGAGCAAGAACAGCCCAAGAAGGCUCCACGGAGCCAGAUUAAAGAGAUGGAGUUCAUCACAGUGCAGGAGUUCGACAGCAUCCCACAGUACAUGAAGGGACGAGUGACAUACGACCAGCUGAACUCCGCUGUGAAAAGCAUCAACCUGGCCGUCACUGGGAAAUAUAAAAUCCUUCAACAGCCAGUCAAGAGCAUGAGUAACGCAGCCCGUAAACUUCAUCAGCGCUUUAAAGACCAGGAGACCAAGGACACUAAAGGUCAGUUCUUUGUGGUGGAGGAGGACCUGCGUGAUCUGGCUCAGCUGAAGGUGGAUAAGCGUUUUGUGGGUAUGUUGAACAUGCUAAGACACUGCCAGAGAUUGAAGGAGCUGCGAGGAGGAGGUCUGACACGCUACAUGCUGCUGUGAUCCUCCAGUCAGGACAACAUCCAUGCUUCUGAGCUGAAUCUAUGAGAGGGGUGUACAACAGUUUAGGAUCUCUGCAGAAA